GCAGCUGAUAGCGUUGCCACCACGAUUCACAAUUAUGUUUACACUUUCUAGUUAUUGGCGCGAAUCUUUUAAGAUUGUCCUCCAACUUAACACUAUGAAACGGACCAAGACGGCGAAGGCAGGUUCCUCCAAAAAAGCGGCCAAGAGUCAGGGAGGCAGCCGCAAGGAAGAGCCAAAAAGUGACCAGGACGGCAGGGAGAAGGAGGCUUCUCCCUCGAAGGUUUCGUUGGCUUCUAAGCCGGAUUAUCAGAAUUUCGACCAGUUCCUCAUCCAUCUGGAAGAUCAGCGAUGCAUUGCGGCAGCCAGCAUUCAGGAGUUCUCUUUCCGAAAGAAACGAGCUCGAGUCUUGUCCGAAACCGAAGAUGUUGAGGAUUCCUGCCAAGGAGGCAUCGUCUACUGGAUGUCACGUGAUUGUCGAGUUCAGGACAACUGGGCUCUUCUCUUCGCCCAGCGGUUGGCCCUUAAGUUGGAGCUGCCUUUAUCGGUGGUAUUUUGUUUGGUUCCCAAAUUUUUGAACGCGACCAUUCGGCACUACAAAUUCAUGAUUGGCGGACUGCAGGAGGUGGAGCAGCAGUGCCGUUCCGUGAACGUGCCCUUUUAUCUGUUGAUGGGUUCGGCCGUGGACCAACUGCCGGAUUUUGUGAAAUCCAAGGGCAUAGGAGCUGUAGUGUGUGACUUUUCCCCACUGCGUGUGCCUCGCAAAUGGGUUGAAGAUGUGGGCAAUUCAUUGCCCAAGAGUGUACCGCUGGUGCAGGUCGAUGCGCACAAUGUGGUUCCACUGUGGGUGGCUUCUGACAAGCAGGAGUAUGCAGCCCGCACCAUACGCAACAAAAUCAACUCUAAGCUAGGGGAGUUUCUCAGCGAAUUUCCACCUGUGGUACCGCAUCCCCAUGGAACGGGCUGCAAAGAUUUGAAGCCCGUUGACUGGCCAGCUGCGUAUGCUACGCUGCAGUGCGACAUGGACGUAGACGAGGUCGCGUGGGCCAAACCAGGUUACAAAGCGGGCUGCAAGCAACUCUAUGAGUUCUGUACCCGACGCCUGCGUCACUUUAAUGACAAACGAAACGAUCCUAUGGCAGACGCCUUGUCUGGACUCUCACCUUGGCUGCACUUUGGCCAGAUCUCAGCCCAGCGCUGCGCUCUGGAGGUGCAGAGAUUUCGGGGACAAUUCAAGGCCUCAGCGGAUGCCUUUUGCGAGGAGGCCAUUGUGCGUCGAGAACUGGCGGAUAACUUCUGCUUCUACAACGAGCACUAUGAUAGUUUGAAAGGUCUAAGUUCUUGGGCAUUUGAAACUCUAGAAGCACAUCGAAAGGAUAAAAGAGAUCCAUGCUAUGGUCUAGAGGAACUUGAGAAGUCUCUCACUUACGAUGACCUGUGGAACUCCGCGCAGUUGCAGUUGGUACGCGAGGGAAAAAUGCACGGCUUCCUCCGUAUGUACUGGGCCAAAAAGAUCCUUGAAUGGACUGCCACUCCGGAACAAGCGCUGGAGUACGCGAUCCUGCUUAACGACAAGUACAGUCUCGACGGUCGAGACCCCAACGGUUAUGUGGGAUGUAUGUGGUCGAUCGGAGGCAUUCAUGACAUGGGCUGGAAGGAGCGGGCUAUCUUCGGUAAGGUUCGGUUUAUGAACUAUCAGGGCUGCAAGCGAAAGUUCGAUGUGAAUGCCUUCGUUAUGCGCUACGGGGGAAAGGUGCACAAGAAAAAAUAAACGUCGUUUUUUAUUCGCCUUAGUUUUGAAUGCAAGCCAA